AAUUAAAUACGCUACUGUCACGUGUGUGAGAAAAAGACUGACCAGCAAUAGAACAUCAAAUCAGUGGAAAUUAGUGAUCCUCUACGAUAGUUUAGAUUAAUUAGCUUGAAUUUGUUUGUUACAUUUGUUAUUGUAUUAGCUUAGGGUCGAAUUGGCACGAAAUUAGAUUAGUUGAGGGGUUUAGUUGCAAUUAUUUAGUUAUUUUCCAAAAUUAUAUUCUAUUCGAAAUUUGCCGCUUAGUUUUUGCACGAAUUGUAUCCGCGCGUAUGUCCUUGCUUCCGCGUUUGUUAGCGAUCGAUCGCAGCCGCUCAUUCUUACCCGGGAUGCUUUAAAUGUGCCUCGUUAUUUCGCUAUCGGGAAUGGAACACAAGCCGGUUUCUUCGCCCACGACGGUCACGAGCGGAGUCAUUGUUCAGAGUUGUGCACAGGUGGUAGAUGAUGGUGGUAGAUUACUGGCAGGGGGUGUUAGCGCUAGCGUAGGUAGUCUUUCCGAUAGCAAUCUUAGCUCGACGACAACAGCACCGUGUACGGCGGCGACGAGCGACAAGCCAAAGAUAACGACAUCGGCGGCUGGUUCCACCACGGCUACACCGGUUAAGGCAUCGUCCGGUGCGUUGACGACGACAUCGGCGGCCACUUCGUGUGUGCCCAGUCCCGUGCUGAGCCCGCCCCGGAAGAUCUGGGGACGCAACAACAACGGUACAAUGGUUGAAACAUCUACCCCGUCCAACGAAGCUGAGCUUCAACUGUACCGCGUGUUGCAGAGAGCGAGUUUGCUGAAUUAUUAUGAUACGUUGCUGGAGAUGGGUGGCGAUGACCUGCAGCAGCUGUGUGAAGCCUGCGAAGAAGAGUUCCUCGAAAUAAUGGCACUGGUUGGAAUGGCAUCUAAGCCGCUUCAUGUGCGACGACUCCAGAAAGCGUUACAGGAAUGGGUCACAAAUCCUUCCGCCUUCCAGAGUCCACUCACAAGCAUGGAGCAACCAUCCAGACUAACCUACAGCCCAGGGCCAGGGUCCAUAGCCCGAAGUGUUAGCAGCUACCCGGCAGCAUCCGGCCCAACCUCCAGCUUCAUUGCAAACCCGUCAUCCAGUACAAACCUGCAGUCGUCUUCCCUGGGGCACCUGGCGACCAGUCUAACGAGCAGUGUCAGUAGCAACGUGGUCAGUCCCAUCGGAUCCACCACUGUGAACCCUCUCCAGCUGUCGCCCAGCCUUACCGAAGAUCAAGUCAUAAAGAUUAUUCAAGCAGCUGAACGGCUCUCCCGGACGAUUCCCCGACAUCUGGAGCCACGGCAGCAAAAUGUCAAGAAACGCACCACCCGCGAUUUGGAACAAGUGAUCGCCAUGAGCGAACACGAUCCUCGUCGGAUGGAAGAGAUCCGGAAGUAUUCCGCUAUCUACGGGCGCUUCGACUGUAAACGAAGGCCUGAAAAGCCGUUGACUUUGCACGAGGUGUGCGUGAACGAAGCCGCCGCCCAGAUAUGCAAAUACGUUCCGGCUCUCCUCACCCGACGAGACGAGCUGUUCCCGCUGGCCCGGCAAGUCGUCAAAGAAUGCGGUUUCGGUCACUCUGCCAGCAUUCGACUCACCGGUUUAUGUCAAACGCAACCCAGUCGGCACGAUGAGUUGGAUGCAGCGCAGCAGAUGAAACGGGCACGACUUUCCAGCGAUACCAGUUCCGAUCUGGGAAAGGAAAACUCCGAUGACAAUAGGGACCUUUCGACGGCGUCGCUGUACCAACACAUGACGGACAAACCUUUCGACCUAACCGAUUCAAGUAAAUUUUCAUUCACUCGAUCCGAAUUUGAUGACACAGAUUCUCGAUUUAGUUUUAGCAAUUCAAGUUCGUCACCAGUUCAAACUGGAAACGGAAUCGACCGGGAUCUGAACGAGCACGAAUUUUCGGACAACCUACGGCACACGGCCCGAUCGCUGAUACCGCACGACGGCUCACUGGGCGUGCAGGUGAUCUCGUCCUCCGGAGGGCACAUCAUUGCAGUGGCCAAUCCGGCACUGGCCCUGAGUCCGGCCCUGAGCGAAGCAAUCACCAUCAAACGGGAGGCAAUGUCACCGGAAUUAUAACAACUGCGUGAUGCCACGGUCAUGCCACGGAUUGCACUGAAGAUCUAUGCGCGAUAGGGUCUCCUACAAUUGAAUUCUGAUUUGGUGAGGGAUUAGGAACUAGUCUAGCAACUUUUUAAAAGUUCUCAAUUAUUCACGUACUAAUGUUUUGGCAAUUUCAUUUAACUUUUCAAAGUUCUCGGCAAUCGUGAUUAAUCACACUAAAAUUCGACAACCUAUAGACUGUUUCUUUUGGUUUUUAUGUAGGAUUUUUAAUUUCAUUUUAGGGCAAAAUUUUCUGUUUAUUUGUUUUUGAAACAAACAAUAUUUGAAAAAAUACAAGACUGUGUUUAUUAAAAGGUAAUGGUUUUAAAUCAAUUUUAUUUCUUUGACUUUAUACAAUAAUUUAAUGUUUCUACUGUAAAUAAAACAUAAAUAAAUACUAGCUUUAUAUGCGCCACUGUGUAUAAUUUGUAGCUGUAAUACAGUUUAGUUAUUCAGGGUUAUUUGCAUAAACAAUCGCGAAAUAAAGAUACUUUUUGAACAACAAA